AUGUAAAUAUUUUCCAUAGCAUUAUAUUUGUGCUACUGAAAUGAAAGAAAACAUUAAUAUUAAUUAUGAAUAGUGUUUCUGAACGAAACGUUUUAUUCAAAAUUUCUAAACAAACACUCAAUUAAUACGGCAAAAAAAUAUAGUCGCAUGCCAAAAAUAAACCAGUCCUUUUUCUCUCUUUAACUUUAAAAAGUGUGUGUUUCUAUCUCUUUCUUUCUUUCUAUUUUUCAGACAGGUACAAGUAAGUUGAGAAUGUCGAAAUUUGUCGUAUAAUCAUUAGCAUUUCUCGAACGUCUUCAAGGCACUGGAUUUCAAUAAUUUGUAAAGAAAUUAUUAAAAUAAAACUAUAUUUAAUUUAUUUGAUGGUGAAUGAGAAAAGUAAAAGAUUACUUAAAUGUGCUGAGUACUGUAACCAAGAUGUGUUUUCUCUUAUCAAAACGUAUAUAGUGCCGCGGUGGCGGGUAGCGAGGGCGGCGGCGGCGGGCGCGGCGCGGACACGCUGCGGCGCGUGAAGGUGAAGAUGUCGUCCGUGUCGGCGCAGGGCGUGGUGGAGCGCGCCUCAGCCGAGCUGUCGCGCCGCAUCACGGGGCUGGGCCUGCGCGGGCGCCGCCGCUCGCCCGGCGUGGUGGAGCGCGUGGCGUCCGCGCUGUGCGGGCCGGCCGCCGCCGCGCCGCCCCGCGUCCCUCGCCGCCGCCGCCCCUCCCCGCGCCCGCUCGUCUGGGCGCAGUUCGUCCUCGACGAGCGCUUCCUAGAACGCCUAUUCCAUUACUUCACUGCAAGCGAGCGGCGCGUAUUAGCACAAGUCUGCACUAAAUGGCGCGAUGUGUUAUACGCGUCGCCGCGGUGGUGGGCGGGGCUGGCGGCGACGGUGGACUGCCGCGAGCUGCGCGCCGCGCCCGCGUGCGCCGUGUCGCGCUACUACGGCUCGGUGGUGAAGCGCGGCAUCCGCGCCGUGGUGCUGGUGUCGGCCGCCGACGACGACAUCACGGAGUUCAUCAAGCAGUUCCCGCAGUCCGUGCACCAUCUGCACGCCAUCGGGCUGAAGGGAUGCACCAUCACGGAUAGAGGACUCGAGGCCAUAUUGGAUUACUUACAGGUUCUGUUUGAGCUAGAACUAACCGGAUGUAAUGAAAUAACGGAGGCUGGUUUGUGGGCAUGUCUAACUCCACGCAUAGUCUCACUCACGCUUACUGACUGCAUUAACAUUGCUGAUGAAGCUGUGGGCGCAGUGGCUCAACUCCUACCAUCCCUAUACGAGUUCUCUCUACAAGCGUACCACGUGACGGACGCGGCGCUCGGCUACUUCUCCCCCAAGCAGAGCGCGUCGCUCAGCGUGCUGCGCCUGCACAGCUGCUGGGAGCUCACCAACCACGGCGUCGUCAAUAUUGUGCACUCUCUACCGAACCUGACAGUCCUCUCCUUAAGCGGCUGCAGCAAAGUCACCGACGAAGGCGUGGAACUACUAGCAGAGAACCUGCCGCGCCUACGCAGCCUCGACUUGAGCUGGUGUCCGCGCGUCACCGACAACGCGUUGGAGUACAUCGCCUGCGAUCUGAACCACCUCGAGGAGCUCACGCUGGACCGAUGCGUGCACAUAACGGACAUCGGCGUGGGCUACAUCAGCACGAUGCAGUCGCUGCUGGCGCUGUACCUCCGCUGGUGCUCGCAGCUCCGCGACUUCGGAGUGCAGCAUCUGUGCGGCAUGCGAGCACUUAGGACUCUGUCGCUGGCCGGUUGUCCUCUCCUCACAUCAGGCGGUCUCUCCAGCCUCAUCCAACUGCGUCAGCUCCGAGAGAUGGAGCUCACCAACUGCCCCGGCGCCUCGCCCGAGCUGUUCGACUACUUGCACGAACACUUGCCGCGCUGCCUCAUCAUAGAGUAGGACAGUGGACAGGCCAGUGCUACCUUCUCUUGUUUUAUGCUGCUACCACACUUGGCUAUUCGUAUUUGCGUAUUUGCCAAAGCUUCAAUUGGCUAUGUUUGCCAAAUAAAUAACGUAUAUGCAAAUACGGCAAUAUAUUGGGCGAAUGGAUAUACUGACCACUUGCAACAUGGAAGUUUGGGAAGUUACGCAAAUACGAAUAGCCAAGUGGGGUAGUAAUAUUACAUAAUACACAGUGCUAUGUUGUUACGUAAGACAUGGUCCCUCCUAUAGUCGAUUUUAGAGGUGCACAAAUUACGGAUCACUACAAUAUUGAGCAAAUUUUAAAAUGGGGAGCGUAGGAAAUUGAAAUGGCAUAGAUAACUAAAUGUAGUUAGAUUAGUUUGCACCCGGAUAGAGGCAGGCCCCGUGGAACGUGAUGUGAAGAGUUCAAGAUUACGUUUGUGUUACAUGUGUCAACAAUGAAGAUAACAUUAUAACUUCUCAUGUCUCGCUAAUUCAAUGCAUAUUUCACUUGCAUACAUAAUAAUAUUACCGAUGUGGUAUUACUUUUAAUUUUAUUCAAUUGAAUAAUAAUGUAUGACUUUCUUUGUAGUAACUUUUCGUCCAAAUUUGAUGUAUUCUUAAGUAUGUAGUUAAUCAAAUUUUGCUCAAAUUUAAAGGCGUGAGGUCGGGGGACACUCCUUUUUCCUCAUUUUACUGAAGUUGCUGACUAUGAAUGGAUUAAUUAAUUAUUUAUUAAGUUAUAAUUUGUGUGGAUUUAUAUGCAUGAUAAGUUAUAUGAUUGUGUUUAGGGAUGUAGGUAUAUUUAGUAUAAAUUUAAUUUAAUGGAAUUUUCUUGAUGUAAGUAUUCUUGAUUCGUAUAUGUGUUGUACAGUUUAAUGUUAAACUUAAAAUAAAAUAUCGGAUAAUAUCAGAUCUUUAUCAGUGGAAUGUUGUAUCUAGUCUAUGGUAAAAUGAGUUUCUUUAUUAUUUACGUUUGCAUAAUUUCCUUCUGAAUGAUAUUUUUUACUUGUUCAGUUAAGUAUUAAACCUGAUCUCGAAUUAAAUUUGUUAAAAUCUAGUCAAAUUAUGUUGUACUUCGUAAUCCCUAUGCCUUAUUCAAUUCUGUAAGCUGUAAAAAUCUCAGCCUGAUAACGUGUAAAAGACUGAUACAGCAAGAAAUCACAAUGUUGUGUGUUAGCAAUACCUUGCUCGAAAAUCAAUUGCAAGACAGUCAAUGAAUUAUUUUAUUUCAUGUCUAUUUUAGAUCAUAUUUUAAAUACAAUAUGAAUAUCUCGUUGUAACCGUCCGAUGCAGUGUUCAUGUAUGUAGGUGCGACGAGCCUAUACUCUGUCCUACCUAAUGCACUUAUGUUUAAUAAAACAUUCAUAAUGCAUACCUAAAACAUAUACAAGAAAGCUGCAUUUUCGCACGUGAAUGGAAUGGGGCAACUGACAUUCUUGUUAGAAAGUAUUUGGAUGUAUUAUUGGAGUGUAUAAAACCCCCUUACAAACUAUUAUAGAUAGAUGAUAGCUUGCCUUCAAAACUUACAAAUGAUAUUAAACAUACCUAACUAUACUUAUGUACCAACUAUUAGAUCGCAAAGCGCAGGCUUACUUUGCAGAUUGUAUGAAGUGUAAUUCAAAAUUAAAUCGAAAUGCAAUAUUUAAAUAUGUACACCUAAAUUAAUAUGUGCUAUUUCUGUAUUAAACGACGGCAAAGUAAACCAGCGUAUUUGAGAUAUUAUAUUAAUUAGGUACCUACUUUAAAAGUUGCCUUUUCCUUGUAGGUAAUGUUAUAUCAACUACGGAAAAAAAUACCAGUCAAUUGUAAUGAUUCAGCUCAAUAUUUAAAUCAAUAUUCGCUAAAUAUAUGUAAUUCCGUGGGUGGUAUAGCUAACCUGAGGUCUUUGUACAUAAAUAACUUACCUAAAACUAAAAUAACAAGAGAUGUAUGUAGUCUAUUACAAUGAUAGCAUAAUAUAUAUUAAAUAUUGUUGAAGAGAUGUCAUUUCUCCAUUGCUUUAUACAGAGGUUGUAACUAAAACUUCAUAAGCAAUAGUAUUAAGACUUAAGACUACCUUUUACCCUUUGUUUGAUAUUGCUAGCCGUUCAGUGCGCGAGUGGACUAGGUGGGGUUUUGCGCGAAGUAAAGUACCUACAACAUAAAAUAAUUCAUCAGUCUGUCUGUCCUUCCUUCAUUGGAAGGAGACCCGUGCCCCAGCAGUGGGGACGUGAUGGGUCGUGAUGCUGAUGAUGUCUAUGUCUGUACCUAGAUAUCAACUUUUGCAAACAUCCCACCUGUCCAAUCACAUGAUAUAAGGGGACAUAAAUGAAUUUAUUAUAAAAUUGAGCAUAUUUUUGUACAGCUUCAUAAUACAAUAAUGGGUGUUAUAUUUCAUGUGACUUUUAUAUAAGAUAAUGUGACAUGUGUACAUUCUUUUGCCAGUAAAUAUUGUCUGUAUGUCUUCCCUUGUAAUUCUGUGUUAAUACAGUGGCGGCAAGUAUCUCGAAUGGCACCAUGCCGCUGUACUUACUGUCAAAAAUCUAAUUAUCUAGAGUGGAGAGAUCAGAAAGGUCGAUUUCAGCAACCAAAUUCUUUGUUUACUGAAAUAUGAUGGAUGUUUUAUGUGAGAUUUCAAGAAUUAUCUACUUACAUUAUUAGUAGAACGCACAGGGUUUAUCAGUAAAUAGUGGUUGGCCAACCCUGUUGUAGUACGGAAAGCUCGAGGAUAUAGGAGAAAUCUUACCCAUAC